AUGAAGUGGCAUCAAUUAAAUAUCGAAGGAUCAAUUCCACCAGCUAGAAUAUCAGCAAGUAGUAGUAUAAAUGAUAUUGGAACCAUUGUGUUUUAUGGUGGAGGAUCACCAUCAUCAACAAAUAAUUAUACCGAUUUAGCAUUUAUGAGUGUUGGUGUUGGUGUUACAGAUGAAAUUGCUAAACCACAAAAUACAACAUCAAUGGGUAAAUUAAAUAAAAUAUUGGGUUCAAAUAUAAGUAAAAAUUGCCAACAAUUACAACAACAACAACAGCAAAUACAACAAGGUUUUAGCAAACAAAAUGGUGCAUCAAGAAAAACUUAUUCAAAACUACCACAAUACUCUGGUUCAACUAUAUUUCACUGGGAAAAUUCAGUUUGUGAAUAUGCUGCCAAUGAAAACCCAGGAAAUAGAGUUAAUCAUUCAUUAACUUCAAUUAAUUCAGGUGGUUAUAAAGGUAAAAUUUUAUUAAUUGGUGGUCAACUUUUUGAUAAUUGUAACAAUAUCAGUUUAAGUAAUGAUAUUUAUUUAUUAGAUUGUGAAUCAUUAUUAUGGGUUAAAUGCCCAUCGACAGGAACAUCUCCAUCACCAAGACAUUCACACUUUGUCCAUCAAAUUUCCAGUGAUACAUUAUUAUUAUAUGGUGGCAUUGGUGAUUCAAACCAAAUUCUUAAUGAUGUUUAUUUAUUAAAUUUAUCCAAUCAAAAUACAUUAAGAUGGAGUCAAGUAAAUGUUUUUGGUACCGUAUUUAGUUUUAAAGAUAAAAAUUAUAAGGUUUGUGUUUGCAAUGGAUUUUUAUGGGUUAUUAUAUCAGAAGGAUUAGAAAUGUAUAAAUUAGAUUUAUCAACUUAUCGUUGGAGUGCAGUUCAGUAUCAUGGUAGUUUCCCACGCUUCCAAAGUGAAUAUACAUCGAUUGGAGGUUGUUUCGGUAGCAUAAUUUUAUUAUUGGUUGAAAACGAUAUAUUUUUCUUUGAUACCAAUCCAACAGAGCUCGUAUGGGGUGAAUUAGAAGUUCAAGGUGAAAAACCCAUGAAAAGAAAGUUUCAUUCAGUUUCAAUGGUUGAUUCAAUGUUAAUACUUGUUGGCGGUCAAUAUGAAUUACCAUUAUCAACCAUUUCAACAAGAGAUAUCGAAAUGAUUGAUCUUAAACCAUUAUUUAUUAAAAAGAAAAUUAUUAAAUAA